AUGCCGAUAUUAUAAUGAUAAAUCAUUCCGUGUUUUCGUAUAUUAAUUAAUUCAUUCAACGGUUGGUAAUAGGAAGCGAAAGUCGGUAAAUUCUUGCUCCAUAAGAAAUUUAUUUUUGGAUUUUAACAAAUAGUUCUGUGAUAGUGCAAUUGUUUUUAAAGGAUUUCAAUUUAAUAUAAAAUGCUCCAGUUUUUUGUUUUGUCAUCGAUUUUAUCCGCAGCCGUUGCGAAAACCAACUGCCACGGUUGCUUCGAUGGCACCUGUUACUCCAAAUCACCAGUCUUCAAAGAUAACAAGAUCUCCGGCCAAAUAGCAAUCGAUAGAAUUGAAAACAUUAUUUAUUUCCACUAUGAGAACUCCCAAUCAAUCGAUUACACAGCUGCAUUCGAUUUAGAUGAUAUACGAUUCAAAAUCGUUCCUGGAAUCGAUUUUUCAUUUGCUCGAACUGUGGAUCAGAGUAAUAGAGAUGUUUACAUUGGCGGAGUGCAGGGAAUUUUCAAAUACAGUCCAAUUGAAAACAAGACAAUUGAAUUUGGUUUAAGGGACGAAACUAUCUGGCAUUUGCAAUACAAGGGCAAAAUUUACUACACAGCUUUCAGAAAAAAGGGACUUUACACGUACGGGAACCAUAAAAGUAAAAGUAUUAAAGCCUUGUCGAAUUACAGUAUCGAUAACUUUGUAAUCGAUAAGCAUAAUGACGUGUACUUUAUGAGUGAUGCUAAAAUAUAUCGAUAUAAACUGAGCGAAAAAUACCGUGUUGUGACUAACGAAGCGUUUGUUUUGUCCGUGGAUAUUUUCGACAAUGUUUAUUUUCUACAAUCAGCUAGUCGAGGUUUGUAUAAAUUAAACUAUAAAACUGACCGUUUAACUGAAGUUGGCGCUUUUGCGAACGGCACACCGAUAAAAUUCGUUUUCGAUGCGAAUAACAAUGUUGUUUAUUACGACAAAGAAGAUGAUAAGUUGUAUUAUUUGUUGCCAAAUUACUCGAAAUGCAGAGUUGCUAGUGUUGUAGAGAGGAAAUUAAAAAAAGCUCCUAGUAUUGCCAGAGCAAAAACUAAUAAAUUAAGAAUACAUAUGGUAGAUUCAUAGUAAAUUAUGGUAUUUAUUUAAAUAAUAAAGACUUGAAAUGGUU